GGAGCCCGCUCGGAACGGAGCGGCCCCUGCGCACUGCCGCCGCCGCCGCCAGAAUCACUCCAAAAGAAGCUCUGCUGGCAGGAUGCUGCUCUCUCUGCUCUCCCCCCGUGUGAGCUGGUCUGCACGAUGCCUCCUUCGUGACUUGCACCGGUGGGGGCUGCGUAGGCAGAAGAGGGCUGAGUGUCCCCGCAGGGGUAUACAAACCACAUGGACAGCCAGCAGCCACCACGUCAGCCCUGUCUUCAGCAGGGCUUUGACUUUCGGUGAUAAAAUCGCCAUUGUUGACCAAAAUGGUGAGCACACAUACAGGGAGCUUUUCUGUCAGAGCCUCCGCCUGUCCCAGGAGAUCUGUAGGGUGCUGCAGUGCUCCAGCAGGGACUUGAAGGAGGAGAGGAUCUCAUUUUUGUGCCCUAACGAUGCCUCGUAUGUGGUUGCCCAGUGGGCUUCCUGGAUGAGUGGAGGCAUAGCAGUUCCCCUUUACAAGAAGCACCCUGUGCAGCAACUGGAGUAUGUGCUGGAGGAUUCACAGAGCGCUCUCGUCAUCGCAGCAGAUGAAUAUGUGGGGAAAAUAUCCCCUAGUGCUAAGAAGCUGGGAGUGCCAGUGCUGCCACUCAGGUCUCAUAGCAGUGGAUCUGCAGAUCAUACAGCGGUGGAAGACGUGCCCUUGGCAUCCAGUGCUUCCUGGAAGGACAGGGGAGCCAUGAUAAUCUACACGAGUGGGACAACAGGGAGACCAAAGGGUGUCCUCAGCACCCACGAGAAUGUGCAGGCAGUGACCACAGGGCUGGUUGAAAAAUGGGAGUGGAAGCAAGAUGAUGUUAUUCUGCACGUGCUGCCUUUGCAUCAUGUCCACGGGGUGAUCAAUAAGCUGCUCUGUCCUCUCUGGGUGGGAGCAACAUGCAUCAUGCUGCCCGAAUUCAGCGCGCAGAUGGUUUGGAAGAAGUUCCUGAGCUCCCAAGCUCCCCGUGUCAGCGUCUUCAUGGCGGUGCCCACUAUCUAUGCCAAGCUGAUAGAAUACUACGAUGAGCAUUUCUCUCAGCCCCAAGUGCAGGACUUCGUGCGUGCCUUUUGCCAGGAGAACAUCAGGUUGAUGGUGUCAGGCUCUGCAGCCCUGCCUGUGCCUGUCCUGAAGAAGUGGAAGGCCAUCACUGGGCACACUUUGCUGGAGAGGUAUGGGAUGACAGAGAUUGGGAUGGCACUUUCCAACCCUCUGCGUGGAGUCCGUGUCCCAGGUUCCGUGGGGACCCCACUGCCCGGGGUGGAGGUGCGCAUUGCCACCGAGACGGUGAAAGGCGGUGGCCGUUCCUACACCAUCCACGCUCAGGGAGAUGAACAUGGCACACAGGUGACUCCAGGUCUGGAAGGGCAGGAAGGGGAGCUGCUGGUCCGUGGCUCCUCUGUGUUCCGUGAGUACUGGAACAGGCCCAAGGAAACCAGAGAGGCGUUCACACCCGAUGGAUGGUUCAGGACAGGGAUGGCAGCAGCUCUGGUGUCUGAUUCUUUCAAAUCAGAUCUCAGCAGCAGGGGACACAGCAGCCUACCACGAUGGUGUUUACUGGAUCAAGGGCCGCACCUCGGUGGACAUCAUCAAGAAUGGGGGCUUCAAGAUCAGCGCUCUGGAGGUGGAGCGUCAGCUGCUCGCACACCCACACAUCACAGACGUGGCCGUCAUCGGACCCCCGGACGUGGUGUGGGGGCAGCGGGUCAGCGCCGUGGUGCAGCUGCGCAGGGGGGAGAUGCUGUCGGUGAAGGAGCUGAAGGAGUGGGCCAGGGACACCAUGGCCCCCUACGCCAUCCCCACCGAGCUGAUCGUGGUGGAGGAGAUCCCACGCAACCAGAUGGGGAAAGUCAACAAGAAGGAGCUCCUGCGGCGCUUCUACCCGGUGUAGUGCACAGCCUGGAGCCCCACCCCCCCCCCCCCCGAGGGCUCUGCGCUCCUCCGCGUGGAACGGAGCCCCCAAAACUGAGACAGACGGACACACAGCGACUGCAGGGGAAGGGCAGCGCAGGCGGUGGUGGUGUGGAACGCUCAGCCCGGGUCACCCCCACACGGGGGGCUCCGGCCCCACUGCUGCUCAGCCCCACUGCGUGCCAACCCUUUGUGCUACGCCGUCAGCCGCGCAGCCAAUUCUGCAACGCGCCAAAUAGAUCAAUAUCAAAUUAUCAUGUCUCACAUUCAUAACUCUUAAGCAAGCAACAAUGGGGAGAGACAAGGUCACCGGAGAAUAAAUCGCAGCCAGAGCUCUUCAUGAUCCAUCACUCCCGACAAGCGCGGCACCCAGCGCCGGCGCCGUGACAACAUCAUUAAUAAAACUCCAUAGGAGCGCCA